AAUAAUAUUGCUAAACACUGGGGGAAAAAUUAGCAGUCUGACAUCAACAAAACCAGAUGUACUGAGGAAUAUAUAUCAGUAUCUUACGCUUUCUAACUAUGUGUUCGUUUAAAAAAUAAACUUGCUCAACUGUUGAUUGAAGUGGUCGACAGAGCUGAAGUAUGCGUGUAUUAGUUCUUAAAGAGCCAAGAGAUGAGAAGUCUGGACCUGAUCCUUACAUUAAGGAACUUGAAUCGCAUGGACACAAAGCAACACUCAUCCCUGUGCUGUCAUUUAAGUUUAUCUCGUUAAACACUCUUUCGGAUAAACUUUUCCAGCCUGAUAGAUAUGGUGGCCUGAUCUUUACCAGUCCCAGAGCAGUGGAGGCUGCAAAGAAGUGCUUAGAGGCUGAAGACAAAAUAGAAGAAUGGAACAAAUCCAUGAAAGCCAAAUGGAACAUGAAAUCCAUCUAUGUGGUUGGAAAGGCAACUGCAGCUUUGGUUCAGAGUCUGGGUCUGGAGCCCCUGGGGGAGGACACAGGGACAGCUGACGUCUUAUCACGUCUCAUCAUUGAACGAGAGGACACUAGUAUCCAACCACUUUUUUUCCCCUGUGGCUCAAUUAAAAGAGAAGUGUUGCCCACGGCUUUAAGGGAAAACGGAAUUCCCUUAGAGACGCUGACUGUCUAUCAAACAGCUGAACAUCCAGAUCUUGAGAAGAAUCUGAGAAUCUACUUCACAGAGCAGGGGACUCCUGCCAGCAUAGCUUUCUUCAGUCCAUCUGGGGUAAAGUUUUGUCUAGAAGCAAUUCGGAGGCUGUCUGGUGAACGGCUCUCUAAAAUAAAGUUCGCAGCCAUCGGGCCGACAACGCAAGAUGCUCUGUCAGCAGAGGGUCUGUGUGUGAGCUGCACAGCUGAGAAGCCGACGGCCGAGCAUUUGGCAGCAGCCAUAGCCGGGGUUCUACAGUGACAUCAACAACGCAUCGAGAUUUAAAUCUGCCUAAUCUCUUUGAUUCUACAAUAUGUGUGUUAUAUGGAAUAUUUUGCUGCUCAUGUCACGAAUCCCAAGUCCAAACAGACCAAGAUCUAUGUGAUUAAGCUCAAGGAACUGUAUUUAAUGUCAAACCUUUCAGGGAGUAGAAAAUCAUUUUUGACAAUAAAGGUCGGUCUGUGUG